CGAUUCAUACUCUCAAACAAAAGUCAAAUUAUUAAACUCAUUAAUCAGACUGGCCUUUGUUUUAAUUAGUAUCUUCGUAAUUAGCAGCAAUAACUUUGCUCGCUCUGCUCUGCCGAGUUUCAUACAGUUAUCAUAAAGACUUUAUAAUCCGUAUUUGAAUAAUCGUUAUCAGUGUGUUUGUACCAAGAUUAUGAAUUGUCAAAAUUGAUUGUGGUCUGUAUCUAUAUAGUUUGUGAUAAGCUGAUAGAAAAGUCUGUCUUAGUUUCUAUCCAGUUGUAUUCGCCAUGAGUGAGCGACCUCAGCCGCUGAAGGCCAUCAACAGGCUGUUUGAGGGGAAGGAGCCAUGGCAAAUAGUCACGAUGACAGCCUCGUCCAUACUGGCUAUCGUGUGGGCACAUAGCUUGUACAAUGCUAAAGAAAGUGUAACAACACGCCUCCGCAAAGAAUUCUUCAGAUGGCUUCGUCAAGUGCCCAUAGUUCGUCGUAAGAUUGACGAGAAGAUGGCUGAGAUCAACAGUGACUUUAGAAAGGAUGUCACCAAGAGGCUAGCUGGUGUGACUGUGAGGAGAGAGCUGCCGGAGACCGGUCUUGAUCCUGAACAGGUGAUGGAGGAAGUAAGGGAUCAUGUUGCUUUAGGUGCAUAUGACUGGCAAAACGGUAGCGUCUCAGGCGCCGUAUACCACGUGAGCCAGGAGAUCAGUAAAGUGGCCUGCGAUGCCUACAGUCUCACUGCUUACACCAAUCCCUUACAUGCUGACGUGUUCCCCGGGAUCAAUAAGAUGGAAGCUGAGGUUGUGAGGAUGGCCAUCAAUUUGUUCCAUGGAGACGAUGAUUGUUGUGGGACGGUGACAACAGGAGGCACAGAGUCCAUAAUAAUGGCCUGCAAAGCGUUCAGGGACCUCGCAUACAGUAAAGGCAUAUCCAAUCCCCAAAUCAUUGUACCGUCCACUGUACAUUCAGCGUUUGACAAGGCAGCCCAGUACCUUGGUCUUUCAGUGAAGACGAUACCUGUUAAUCCGGAUACCAUGACUGUGGACGUUGAGAAGGUUAAAAGGGCUAUUGGGAGGAGGACUUGCUUGAUCGUAGGCUCAGCCCCCAACUACCCGUACGGUACAAUGGACGACAUUAUAGCGCUCUCCGACAUAGCUGUGGAGUACGACGUUCCGUUACACGUAGACGCGUGUCUUGGCGGCUUUGUGGCGGCCUUCAUGAAUGACGCUGGACAUCACGUUCCGGUCUUCGACUUCAGGCUCCCAGGAGUUAGCAGUAUUUCUGCUGAUACUCAUAAGUACGGGUUCGCGCCUAAAGGCACAUCAGUAAUUCUGUACAGAAAGCAAGAAUAUCGUCAUCACCAAUACACCGUCACUACUGAAUGGCCCGGCGGUGUCUAUGGUUCUCCUACUGUCAAUGGAAGCCGCGCGGGAGGUCUGAUCGCUGCGUGUUGGGCGACAAUGAUGUACGUGGGCAAGGCCAGAUAUGUGCAGAUGACGGAUGAAGUUAUACGCACUGCCAGGCAUAUUGAGAACGAAGUCCGCAAAAUCCCCGGUCUCUUCGUGUUCGGUAAGCCAGCGACAUCUGUGGUAGCGUUUGGCUCCAACAAGUUUGACAUAUUCAAGAUGGCGGAGCUCUUACACAAGAAGGGAUGGAGUCUAAACGCUUUGCAGUUCCCAUCUGGUAUCCACAUCUGCGUGACUCACGCACACACUCACGCGGGUAUAGCGGAGCGGUUCCUGGCCGACACGCGUGAUGCCGCCGCCGCUUGUAUGAAGGAUAGCAAUGCUCCUGUUGAGGGAAAGAUGGCAAUAUACGGCGUGGCUCAAGAGAUAUCAGACCGCAGCUUAGUAUCCGACAUUACGAAAUACUUCAUCGAUUCCAUGUACUAUCUACCUAAGGAAGAAGAUCAAAUCAAAUCCAACUCUAACUAGAGAGCUAAAGUUGUAAUAAAUGGCCAUAUAUUACGUAUUAAUGUUUCUGUUGAAAACAGUACCGUAUGACUGGUAAUAUGUGAAAUGUAAACUUCGUAAAUAUUUUACGUAACUUCCUUAAUGUAUCUUCCAAAAUUGUCUCUUUAUAUUUAGGCCUGGACUUAACCUAAGCGUGUGUAGAGUAGAGUUUUUAAACAACCAAUAGAAUUUCUCUGCUCGGCAUAAUACUGAAUGGGUGGAGACGACUAAGAAUUGGAGUUUUUAAUAAAGAAGUUCUAUUAAAUUGGUUUUUAGAAACUUCGCUACGCUUCGGCGUAGUCUCGGCUCAUCAAAAUUGUCUUUUUUUAUAAACGUUCUUAAGCAUUUAUCGUAUAAAGGAGUUGAAAUAUUAUUAGUACCUUUAAUAAACUUAUAAACUAACUAAAUGUUAGUAGGUAAAUUGUUUUUUGGUGCCUACAAAACUACCCAAUAUGCAAAAUAGCGCCAAGAAGUCAGUUUGAGACCUGAGUUAAACCGCGGGUAUCAGCUAGUAUUAUACUACUAUGUGUUACAGUAUGUAUUAUGUUAUUCACAAAACAGAUUAUAGAUGUAUUGUGGAAAUUUGGUGGCAGUUAGACUAAUUUUUGUAUAAUCUUUCUUCUAGUCUAAGUAAACUGGUUGCCAUUUUGAGAUAAAAAUAACUUUUGUACUUUAAGUUGACAUUUUUAUACAUUUUGACUAUAAGAGUGAAGGAAUAGUGAGUGCACCUGUGUCUGCGCAAAUGCUCGUGCACUGUAAUAUAGUCCUGCGUAGUUGGCUGAUCUCCUUACAUGAGAAACGAAAAUCAGCUAGGAAGCCAUUAUUGAGUUUUCUUUUAUGACGAGCAAUGCAUUAUUAAUUUGUAAUAAGUACAUGAACUACGUAAACAACGAAUUUUGUUGUUAUCACAAUUAGUUAAAUCUUAAGAUAAUUGUAAAUAAUUGCAGUUACGUUAUUUUAUAUUGUAUAUUACAGAUCAUAUACUGUAUUUGGACGUUGGUUGUAUAUUUUGUUUUGUGUUAAUGUAUUUUCAUUAAAUUGAUAUUUUGGA